AUGCAGGCCCAGGUGAACCAGCAGAAUGUCCAAAGGGAGAACCCACCAAUACGUAGCAUAGCUGACAUGCUACUAGACUUUACAAGGAUGAAUCCUCCUAUUUUCACAGGGUCCAAGACUUUUGAGGAUCCCCAGGAAUUCAUGGAUGAGGUACAAAACAUUUUGGGGGCCAUGGGGGCCACAGAUACUAAGAAGGCUGAGCUGGCUUCCAAUAAGCUCAAGGAUGUUGAACAGACUUGGUGCAAGAUGUGGCAGGAUAGACGAGAUUUUGGCGAAGUUUCUGUCACGUGGGAGAUGUCGAAGACGGCCUUCCUGGAGAGAUUUUUCCCUAGAGAGAUGAGAAAGUAUGCUGCUUCUCUUGUGUCUUACAACAGGCACGAGAUGAAUAGAUUCUUGACAGGGAUUGCUGAGGAUCUCAAGGAGGAGUGUAGGGCAGUUAUGCUUCAUGACACAUGGACCUUUCAAGGAUUAUGGUCCAUGUCCAGCAAGUGGAGGAAAGCAGAAAGAGGAAGCACACUAAGGCUUAAGAAGGGACUCUCCCACCAAGGGGAGUCAAGUUCCUCCAAGGGUCUCUAUGAUAAGAAUUCUGAGUCCAAAGUUAAGAGAAACAAUGGAGUAGAUACACCUCAGGAGAGACCACCUUGCAGGAAGUGUGGAAAACUACAUGGAGGGGAGUGUAUGGUGGGCACUAACGCUUGUUAA